GAUGACGUGCGUGUAGUGACGUCAGAGACUGAGCGAGAGAGAAAUCGGGUGAGUGAAGUGGUGUGGUGAGCAGUGGAUUUAGCGUUUACAUUUAUUUAUAUUAAUCCUAAAUUCCUCUAUUCUACAGAGAUCCCUUGACUCCCAGUUCCUCUGCCACUUUGCUCUGCAGAAUCAUUCAAAUGGAGCCAAGACACUCAGCCCAACUUGGUACUAAAAUACACCAGUGCGACCAGUGCCCAUACAGCACAGAUCACACUGGAAGCUUGAGGCAGCACCAGAGAACACACACAGGGGAGAAACCAUUCAAGUGCACUGUGUGUGGGAAGGCGUUUGCACUGUCAUCAGAUCUUCACAGACACCAGAGAACACACACAGGCGAGAAACCCUUCAAGUCCACUCUGUGUGCAAAGGCGUUUGCACGGUCAUCAGAUCUUCAAAGGCACCUGAGAAUACACACGGGAGAGAAACCCUUCAAGUGCAGUGUGUGUGAGAAGGCAUUUGCACGGUCAUCAGAUCUUAAGAUCCACCAGAGAACACACACAGGAGAGAAACCCUUCAAGUGCGCUGUGUGUGGGAAGGCGUUUGCACUGUCAUCAGAUCUUCACAGAUACCAGAGAACACACAGGAGAGAAACCCUUCAAGUGCACUCUGUGUGGAAAGGCGUUUGCACGGUCAUCAGUUCUUCACAACCACCGGAAUAUACACACCGGAAAGAAACCCUUCCAGUGCACUGUGUGUGGGAAGGCGUUUCGACAGUUAGGGAUUCGAAACAGGCAUCAAAAGAUUCACAAGGAAAUUAAUCAGAACUUGACAUGUGAAAGUCAACGUUCUGGAAUGAGCUCAUACCUCAUAAAACAAGAAUCAGAUAAACAUUCCAGAUAUGAAACGUGGCCAGGAGUGAAGGUGAAAUGUCAAGAAGCAAGAAUAAAAUAUCAAGAAGUGAAUGUGAAGAGUGAAGAAGUGAAGGUGAAAUGUGAAGUGAUGGUGAAGCGUGAAGAAGUGAAUGUGAAAUGUGAACAUGUAAAUUCAACUCCAAAAUCCGACCAUCACAUCAAUGGAAGCAGUGUGAAACAGGAGGAGAAUUCUGAAUCUGAGGCAGAGCGAGGCCACCAUCAGCAGUUUGUGGAUGUGGAGGUGUGGGUGGAAUUUUCAGGCAAUACAGAAUCAAAUGGAGACCAGAUAGAUGUGUCACCUUGAGCUUGAGACAAAGAAGCUCCAUUUCAUCCACAUUAUUCACUGGUCUUUCUCAUUACAAAUGUGUGGAGUUGAAGAUUUUACUCCAAGGUUCAACUUCCAAGUUGUCGAUGGAGACAGCAUGAAGCUGGAGAGGUUGGACUCUUAAGGGAGAGUGAGAUGAACCCCAGCAGGUUGUGGAUGUUGAUGUGGACUCUUUGGACAAUGCAGAAUAGGAGCAGCCAGCAUGUGUGGACCUGCAGGUUGGGUAGGCCUAUAUACAGGAGCACGAGACAAAAAAACCUCCAUAGCAUUCACCUUUUAUCAUAAUAAUCUUAACAUGUAUAUGGUGCUGACAUAAAUAUAUGCAUAUUUUACUUUCGCAUUUUACAUAUCCAACAAUGCAUAUGGGCUAGAGACUGCCAGUAGGGUGGGGAGAUGAUUCAUAUGUAAUCCCAUUUGGGUUAUUUGUGGCAAAUUUUUCAAAUUUUGUAAAAUUUUGGUGAGCCAAAGUUUUUUAAACAUCCACUGUAAAGCAGAUGACACAUUUUUGGUUAAUAUUUCUGCAGUAAUCAUAAGGGCUGCCUGACAGAUUUGAACUGUGAACCUCUUCAACAAAGAUCAAACGUGCUACCAUUUGCCUUCUCUCAUUCUGAGAAUGCAUGCAGGUGUAGGCAUCAUCGAGUCAAAAAUAUAUUUGCAGUGAACACUAUGUAAUGUGAUUACAGUAAAUCAAUAUUGUCGCUAUGUCUUUUGAGUACUUAGAGUUAUAAUUUGAUGAAACACAUAUUAUUAAAAAAAUUACAUAUCUAGCAAAAACUGAUCUCACAUCCAUGGGAAAUGGAUAGUGCUGGUUAAUCAAUAUGCCGGUUAUUUGAGAGUUAUACUUAUGGUUCAUCAAAUUUUCCAAGUACAUGACAUUUUUAAAGAAAUAAACUAACCAUACCUUUUAACUAUGAUAUAAGAAAUACUCUACUCUUUUACCGAGGUACUCACCAGUCAGUUGUAAAGCAUUCCAAGUUGAUUGUCGAGAAGCAGUGGGGCCUUUUAGGGUAUAUUAUACAUUAGUACAGUACUGUGUAUACAGUACAUACAGCGCAGUGAAGCAAUAAGGUUGGGCAGCACACAACGCGAUCAGAAUGGCAGAUAUUUGCAAUUGUGACUGCUAGCACCACCACUCGCAUGAUAAGGUGACAUGUGGACCUUUAUGGCAGAAAAAUCUAAUGCAUGUCUCUAAAUGUGGAGGGAAAACCCGGAGAACCCAGGGAAAAAUCCAUACUACCACAAGGAGAGAGAUACAUGCAAACUCCAAAUAUAAAGUAGGCGUCAGGGUCGAGAUCAAACCCACCACCACCUGCACACCAGGAGAGAGGUAGUUAACAUCUCGCCACUGCGUCAUCAUUUAGUUGUGCUUUUUUGGCGUGUUAAUAAAGUGGUGCUGUUAUUGCCUAGUAGUGUAGUAUAUAGUGGUGUAGUGUACAGUGUAAUUGUAACGGUGUGGGUGUGUACAAGCGCUUUCUAGCCCGGGUGAGCCGAGGUGACUGAGGUUACAUGAGGUAAUGGGGGGGUGAGCAGUUAUGGGGGGAAUAAUUUGCUAAGACCCUCAACGAUGCCGGAAGCAACGACGCCACUAAGUCUGGCUUUGGCUGGGGGCAGGACAUGAAUUGGCCAGUCCGGGCAGGCCAGUUGGCGUGGGGUGAGAGUCGGUGGGGCUGUAUGUGAUUGAAGGCUAGUGUUGCCAAGAAAAUCAGAUUAAAUAUAACGAAUUUACGAGGUUCUGAUUGGAAGACGCUGUACCUGCCAAAUUGAUUCACAGGGCCUGAGGGGCGAGAGAUAGAGGUAGGCGACCUAGCAACAGGCAGCCGAUUGCCGACGAGGGAGGGUAGAGAGAGAUGCUGUGAGGGUGGGAUACAAUUUUAAUAUUCAGGUGAACGCUAUGCAUGUGUAAUAAAGGACUCGGACGCUGUCUCUGUCUCCGUGUCCUUUAUUUGGGUUCGCGUUCUCCUUCCCACACGGCUCUCCUCCUGAGACUCUCUGCUUGGCAGCUCCACAGCUGCCUUCGCUCCCCGUAGCCUUCCGCGCUCCUGCAGCUCCCCGUUCCUCCGUGCUCGGUCACCGCUGGCUGGCGGUGCCGAGUCUUACCGUGUGUGGCGAUCUCGCCACUCCCCAACCUCAGCCCUGCGUGGCCUCUGUGGCGAUCUCGCCAUCUCCAACCUCAGCCCUGCGUGGCCUCUGUGGCGAUCUCGCCACUCUCUGUCUCUAUCCCCAACUCUCUCUUCCACCCCGCUGGCUGGCGCCGUCAUGAGCCCCUCAGCCACCAGGCUGAGGCACGGCGACCACCCAACGUGUUCACCACUCUUCACUCCCCCGACUGACCCAGAUGUCUUCCUGUCUCCCCGCUAUAACAUCUCCCCCCACGUGACGUAACUCCUCCCCCCGUGACGUCACAUCCGGGAGGUCGUUUACGCCCGCAUUACACCACCCUCCCCCGUAGAGAAAAUUCCAGCCGUCCUCGGCUGAAAACAGAACAAAAUAAUGCGGGCGAAGGCAUCACAAACAGGAGUCCCCCAGACACAACGGAGAUUAUAACAACAACACAAGUAACGAAAGGGGAGGUAUCAGGAACUGGAACAGAACACCGGCCUGUCCUCCGCGCAACAACAACAAGAAUAAGAAUGGCACAAUGCACAACAACGGCAACUGACACGCAAGAAUGGCCGACGCGCACAACCCAGGAAUGUGGUGUUUUAGUACGUGUCCAUGUUGCAGUUCCAUCCGCUCGGCUCAAGUCCUCAUCCAGUUAGCACACCAGGUAACACCCAGUGUGGCAGGCGCUGAAGAUCUGUGACGAGAAGGAGAAUCCAAUCCCCUGAGGCACAGCACAACAACGCACAUCCACAUGUCGUACACGACAGCCACCCGGCCCCAGGGUAGUGGAGAUGAUGUAAUUCCGGCCCGCUUAAGAAAACCCCAAUAAAUACCCAAAAUAGACGCAAUGAAUGCCCCAGUAUUUACAUUUUAACAACAACAUUAUUUACAAGUGACAACAACAACAAAAAAAAAUUCCUGCUCUU